UUCCUCUCUGACCUUUGACCGCAGGGCGACAAAGAGAUUGCGGUGAAGAGUUGCGAUCAGGCGGAGUUUACAAAAACUGGGCAAGCAGCCAUCAGCAGCCGGUUCCUUGGGGAUCGAAGAGGCUCCGAUAAAGAUAAAGUGUGUCAGCCAGGCGUAGCCAAAGAGCCUCCCUGGGAAUCUUGACGGGGCUCCGUUGCCCCCCCCUCCCCCACCGGGGCUUCCCUGCUGGAACUGCCCUGAUCCUGUGCCCAGGAUGUUCGGUCCGAAGAGGUCCUUCGACGGGCCCCCGGCCGGCUACGGCCCCCCUGGGGAGGACUACGGGUACCCCAUCAAGUCGCCCCCCCCGGGCUCCUACUACAUGGAGGACGAACCCCAGCAUUUCUACAAGUGGAGCUCCCCGCCCAGCGUGAUGCGGAUCCUGGAGGGCCUGGGAAUCCUGCUCUGCGUGGCCAUCUUCGCCUGCGUGGCCUCCACCCUGGUCUGGGACUACAGCUACGGCGGCCUCUACGGCGGCUUAGGGGGCGGCUACUACGGCGGGGGCUACGGCGGGGGCUUGGGCAGCUACGGCGGAGGCUACGGCGGCUACGGCGGAGGCUACGGCGGAGGCUACGGCGGCUACGGCAUGGGGGGCUACUAUGGGGGCGUGACCAACCCCCGGGCGGCCAACGGCUUCAUGAUCGCCAUGUCGGUGCUGUGCUUCAUCGCCCUGCUGGCCCUGGCCAUCACCAGCCUCACCAAAUCGGGCGCGUCCCGGUCCAGGAAGUUCUACCUGGCGGCCCUGGUGGUCUGCGCGCUGAUGGCCUUCGUCAUGCUGAUCGCCUCCAUCGUCUACAUCAUGGGCGUCAACCCCCAGGCCCAGAUGGGGGGCAGCUACUACUCCGCCAACCCCAUCCUGGCCCUGUGCAACCAGGUCUACGCCGGGGGAGGCCUCUACAACCAGUACCUCUACCACUACUGCAUGGUGGACCCCCAGGAG